UCUGACUGCUUUGCGCGUCCCCGCUUCGCACCCACGCCUGCCACCUCCCCCACCACCCACCGGCCCAUUCCUCCUCCGCGCCGGCUACAUUCUCGGAAGAGGAUAGAAAAAGGGGCGCGUCUCCGACGAGCGGGACUCAGAACUGAUUCGGGCCGCGCAAGCGUCGACACCGUUUCGGCAACUCGCUCGCCCGCUCGCUUGCCUGCCGCGCAACGGGGCCACUGCUGCCGUCGACGGCGCCAUGGAGAACAUCACCGCCGCGACGGCGGCUGACUUCGAGUCGGCAGAAGCGUCUUUCUUCCGCCGUGAUCCCCGCACCGCCGACUGGGCCCUGGUAGGCAACAAGCAAUUCAUCGUUCUGCUGCUGGCGGCCUACGUCUAUAUCGUCAAGGUCGGUGGGCCGCGGUUCAUGAAGGACCGCAAGCCGUACGACGGCAUCAAGCCCCUGAUAGUGCUCUACAAUGCGUCCAUGGUGCUCCUCAACUGCUACUUUGUGGUGGCCUUCCUUUCCAAGACGUACCUGGGUGGCGGCUACAGCCUGCUCUGCCAGGGGAUCGACUUCGAGGCGCGGGACGACAGGACCAUGAGCAUGCUGUCGCACGUGUGGUGGUACGUGAUGGUGAGGAUCGCCGACUUCCUGGACACCGUCUUCUUCGUCUUGCGCAAGAAGGACUCGCACAUAUCCGUCCUGCAUGUGGUGCAUCACGUCCUCGUGGUCUUCAACGGCUGGUUCGGCCUCGCGUACGGCGCCGACGGCCACGUCGCCUUCGGCAUCGUCUUCAACAGCUUCGUGCACGUGGUCAUGUACUCCUACUACUUCCUCUCUUUGAUGGGACCCUCCGUACAGAAAUACCUGUGGUGGAAGCGCUACCUCACCCAGUUCCAGCUGGCGCAGUUUGUAAUUCUGUUUUUCCACAUGACUAUUCCACUGUACAUCGACUGCGGAUACCCCUUGGCGCAAAUGUGCAUUACGCUGCCACAGGGAGUAUUCUUCUUCGUCAUGUUCAUGAACUUUUACAUCAAGAGUUACUGCAACCGAAAGAGGCCUCAUCAUCACGUUGAACCAAAAAGUAAGGCUCAGUGAUCGAGCAUCGCCCGUCUAGGACUUUUGGAAAAAUAAGCUCACGCGGGUACAACCAAUUCCAUAUUUUGUUCGUGUGAACGCGGAUGCAUAGUUUGUCCCACCGUCAUCUUUAGAAAAAAAAAAGGUUUCAGACAGUUAAGCAACACCGUUGCGUAUUGAUGGGCAGAAACAUGUUCUGGCUGAGAAGGCACAGCUAUUUGCUUAUCUAAAGCAGCUAGUGUUUCUUUUUUCGUUAGUGCGUCUCUGUUCCUCGUGUAACUGAUGUAGUACGGCUAGAAGUGAAUGACGUAUGCAAGCUUUAGUCAUCGUAAAACAGUGUCCACCACUUACAUUCGCGCAGCUGUGUGCCAGUUUGAGCCAACUUGGAUGAAAGCACAUUAUAGAGGGAUAAUGACUGAGAACGAAUCUCAGUGGUGUAGUUGGAGGCAGAUAAUAGCGACUCCCAUGUAAGAGGUCCCACAGUCAUGGUUCUAAGAAGCCUGAUGAUGUGCGCGUCUGAUCCAUACUAUGUCCAUUUCUUGAAGCCAAAUGAUAACGUGGCAUCACAGAAGUCAUGCGACGGCUCUAAUACACGACGUGGCCUUGCUCUUUCGGAGACACAUUGUUAUGGACUGUGUGAAAAGAGUGAGCUAUUCUGGGCAUCCCUUCAACACACCAAGACGAUGACUGUGAUCAUUGAUUUCCUAUCCCGCUGCGCUGAUCUAUCCAGAAAAGUCGCCUACUAAGCGUGGAUUAAGUCUUUGGGUCUUGCUGUGCUUAUGAACGCACCCAUUUCUUUGUGUAAAUAUAUUGCUUUGUAAAUAAACCCAUUUUAUAUUUGCCGAAGUA